AUGAAGAACACGUAUCCUCUUCCCCGUAUUGAUGACUUGUUUGAUCAUCUUCAGGGUGCAUCUCCAUUUUCUAAGAUUUAUUUGAAUGUUCAUGGAGAUGAUGAACGGGGUGUUCUGACCUUAUCUGGAUUCCUUUAUGAUAGUUUCAUUGAUGACAUCUUGGUGUACUCCAAGACUGGGGAGGAUUAUGAUCACUAUUUGAGGAUUAAAGGUGUGGACUUCACUAUUUAUCGUGAUGCUUCUGGAGUCGGGUUAGGUGGUGUUCUGAUGUACAAGGGUAAAGUGAUCGCCUAUGUUUCUAGUCAAUUAAAGACCUGUGAGAAGAACUAUCCUACCUAUGAUUUAGAGGUUGUUGCCGUAGUGUUUAUUCUUAAGCUAUGGCGCCAUUAUCUGUACGUGGUUCAUUGUAAGGUCUUCACGGAUCAUCAGAGUCUUCAAUACAUCUUCAGUCAGAGGGACCUAUACUUGAGGCAACAUAGAUUGCUUGAACUAUUGAAGUACUAUGACAUCACUAUCUUGUCUCAUCCAGAUAAGGCUAAUGUGGUGGCAGAUUCUUUGAGUAGGAAGACUUCUUGCAUCGGGAGUCUUGUCGCUAAUAGUGUGGACGAGAGACCAUUGUCUAGAGAUGUUCAUAAAGGUGUGGACUUCACUAUUUAUCGUGAUGCUUCUGGAGUCGGGUUAAGUGGUGUUCUGAUGUACAAGGGUAAAGUGAUCGCCUAUGUUUCUAGUCAAUUGAAGACCCAUGAGAAGAACUAUCCAACCCAUGAUUUAGAGGUUGUUGCCGUAGUGUUUAUGCUUAAGCUAUGGCGACAUUAUCUGUAUGGGGUUCAUUGUAAGGUUCUCACGGAUCAUCAGAGUCUUCAAUACAUCUUCAGUCAGAGGGAUCUGUACUUGAGGCAACACAUAUUGCUUGAACUAUUGAAGUACUACGACAUCACUAUCUUGUAUCAUCCAGAUAAGGCUAAUGUGGUGGCAGAUUCUUUGAGUAGGAAGACUUCUUACAUCGGGAGUCUUGUCACUAAUAGUGUGGAGGAGAGACCAUUGGCUAGAGAUGUUCAGAGAUUAGCCAACAAUCUCAUCUGA